AUGUCUGGUUACGGCAAGAGUCAGGAACCAUAUGUGUAUGACGCCGCAGCCACAAGACCAAAUCAGGCUCCGAACUACACAGGCUAUGCACAGCCUUCAUUCGCCUCGCAAUACCCCGAAGCGCAGGCGCGGUUACCCCAUGAACCUUCGACCGCAGAAAUGCCCUUCAUUCCAAGUUCGACGUACGAGUCACGCGCAACGAGCAGUUACCAGGUCCCACCCUCAUAUACGGAUGCACCAUCUCGUCAUCCCGCCGCUGAAGCGGAAAUAACCAAUGCUGUUACGCCAUCUCAGGGCACUGCCGGAUCUACCAUUUUGCUCCAUCUCCGAACCACAUACGAACUCACUGAAGAUCCGCCUACCUUCAUCUUUAUGUUUGGCUCCAAGCGGUGCGUCGCCGCACUGCGCAAGAUCGACCAAGUUGGUGAGAAGUACAAUUACGCCCUCAGUGUAGAUGUUCCCCCAUUCCCUACGACAAACUCGUGGAAUCCUACCAUGAUGCUUCAACUACGGACGGAAGAUAAGUUUGGACGUCUGAUCCAAGAAGCGGACGCCGGAGGCUUCACUUAUACGGAUAUGUCCCCAAAUCUAGCAUAUCAGUCCUCCCCCGAGAUUGCCAGGAAACGCAAAUUUUCAACCGAGUUUGGUGAUCAAGACUUUGCGGAAGCUUCUGCAAAACGAUCGAAUACCAUGCGUAUCCAGGCAAAACCACGCUCCGUCUCUGCAGCAUAUUCUGCGGCUUCUGCUUCGCCUCUCCCAGUACAACCCUCCCCCAACGCCUAUGGCUAUCCUGGUGGAUACGACCUGCCAAAGCAGUCGAGCUACACUCCCCAGCUAUCGCAAAAGGGAAUAUACGCCGUUUCAUCUGGAAUUAGUAUCCCACAGACGGAAAUGAAGCCACCACCAAUGUCUCCAAACCUGUCCUCCUACAACCCGUAUCCUUCUCUUGCGCAGACGGGCCGUAGUCCUCAUUCCAUCGCAGCAACGCCAGCGAGAUCAUCAGUCAUGCCCUCGCCGUCCGCACUUCCCACUCCCGUACUGGUACGAGCUACUACACUUCCCCAGGCGUCCAGUGGGGCGGGAGGUCAGCCAUUUAACCCGUAUUUGAUUUAUCCGAGCAAAGCAGUUCUGAAAAUUGAGGGCGAUCUUGAUAAGAUGAGCGAAGAGUGGACUCGAGAGGAAUUCGAGGCCAAACGUCGGCUGGUCCAGUUUGAGAGAUCGCAAUCUGGUAGCACCAUAGCCGCAACAUUUGCCGCAGUCACUCCUGAGGCCCGGCCACAGCGCAGCAUCUGUGUUAGCUGCAUUCUCUGGGAAGAUAAGGACGAGUGCUUCAUCACCAGUGUCGAUACCAUUUACCUUCUAGAGCAGCUAGUCAAUGUUAGAUUUACGGUGGAAGAGAAGAAUCGUAUACGGCGCAACCUAGAGGGUUUCCGGCCUCUCACUGUGUCCAAAGCCAAAGCCGACAGCGAAGAAUUUUUCAAGAUCAUUAUGGGUUUCCCCAAUCCAAAACCGCGCAACAUCGAGAAGGACGUCAAGGUAUUCCCAUGGAAGAUACUUUCUCACGCACUCAAGAAGAUCAUCAGCAAAUAUUCUGCAAGUUAUUCCUCAACGGCCGGAGCAGGCUCAUUGCCCACCACUUCUGCCCCGUAUUUGCCUGUGGGUAUGCCGCAGACGACAGGAGACGUAUACCGCAAUACCUCGCCGCGAUCGGUGGCUAGUUCGGCAGCUUCGACCGCAUACACCCCAAGCAUGACCUCGACGAGCCUGUCACCAAACCCCAAGACAUCAGCAGGUCUGGAAGUAUCAGCUGGCCAAGGGAUGUCGGUCCCCCAAAGAGACCCGACAGGGCAAGGCAUGACUCAAUGGGGAGCAACGCAUCACCAGCUGCCUCAGUACUCAGGACGACCCUGGGACUAUGGAGCGUACAUCAACGCCAGCGCCGCGACGGGUGUGCCCUCAGCCGUGCAAUCAAUGCAAAUGCAACAACCGGAGGUAACACCUGAUCUCAGCCAAAUACCUGGCGACACCCCAUACCAGCAGUAUGAUCAGCGGACCACGCGGGUUUGA